AGGCUUUCUGGGCAUAUAUUUAUUUGUGUUUUUUUGGAUCGAGAAAUUACAUGUCAUUUGACUCUACAGUGAAAUGCAGGUUGUAGCACUGAUUGGGUUUCUCAGUAUCAUCAGUGUUCAGUUUUCCGGAUUCAGUGAUGGUUAUUCCUUUGAGGAAACAGCACACCCGUCAAUAAAAACCGCGAAACACACCCGAUUGAACCCUUCCUUGAACGUGCUCGUUUCCGACGAUGGGAGCUACCAAGUGACCGUUAAUGACAUUCCUUGGCUCCAGGGCGUUCCGCCGUUUUUCAAGGCCAACCAACAGGAAUUCUCUCCUUCCGACGGAACCCUGAUCCUCGUCACUCCGUACCCAUUCGGAACAACGACUGGGAUCGACGCCUUGGGCUCUUUCUCGUCAACGUCAUGGGCCUAUGAGACCAGGGAUGACUCAGGAGGUGUCGGAUUGCGUUUCGAGUGUUCAGUGCAGGUCUACGACGACGUCAAUGCUGUCGUUUUUACGCAAACAUUGCCGGAUGGUGCCCCGGACUGCGGGGAUCCGGAAGCUGUCGACGGAGUGUCGACAGGGUUUCCUGGGUUCUCCGUCGCCGCGAAACACACCCGAUUGAACCCUUCCUUGAACGUGCUCGUUUCCGACGAUGGGAGCUACCAAGUGACCGUUAAUGACAUUCCUUGGCUCCAGGGCGUUCCGCCGUUUUUCAAGGCCAACCAACAGGAAUUCUCUCCUUCCGACGGAACCCUGAUCCUCGUCACUCCGUACCCAUUCGGAACAACGACUGGGAUCGACGCCUUGGGCUCUUUCUCGUCAACGUCAUGGGCCUAUGAGACCAGGGAUGACUCAGGAGGUGUCGGAUUGCGUUUCGAGUGUUCAGUGCAGGUCUACGACGACGUCAAUGCUGUCGUUUUUACGCAAACAUUGCCGGAUGGUGCCCCGGACUGCGGGGAUCCGGAAGCUGUCGACGGAGUGUCGACAGGGUUUCCUGGGUUCUCCGUCGGUUGGGGUUCAGAUACAAACGAGCUAGGGUUUCUGUCCACCAGUGGGCACAUGCUGGGACAGGUUAAUUUGGAUUUUGCGAGGUGGCAACCAAACACCUACAAAUUGCACACUGGUGAAAAAGCGGGAUUGACGGUGAUAUUUGACAAAGAAGGGAACAACAGCAUCGUCAUUUCACCCCUCGACAAUUUUAUGCGUGCCAACACUUACCGAAACGUUGAAGCUGAUUCUAUUCAUUACGGUGUCAUUGGAACGAUCACGGACAUCCCGCCACGAUUUUCUCUCAGAACCCUGAUCACCCAUGACAACAAUAUUCGGAAAUCAAUCAAAUCCUGGGGCCAAAUGUUGCGGCAAUUUCACGGAACCAGCGAAGACGCUCCUUUAUUCGACAGCGAUUUGUCCGUGACGCAUUUGGGCUAUUGGACGGACAACGGAGCCCACUAUUAUUAUCAGACGGAAGAAGGGAUGGAUUACCAUGACACCAUGGUGGCAGUAGUUGAUUACUACAGGCAAAUUGGAGUACCCAUCAGGUACUUGCAAAUCGACUCCUGGUGGUACUUCAAGGGGCAGUACGACGGAGUGAUGAACUGGACCGCGAAACCCGACGUGUUUCCCUACGGGUUGCAAACGCUGCACCGGGACAUUGACAUGCCGAUUGUGGCCCACAACAGAUAUUUUGCACCCGACACGUCGUACGCUCAGCAAAACGGAGGUGAAUACGAAUUCGUAGUAGAGUCAGGGAAAUCUCUACCAAAGUCGAGACAAUUUUGGGAUGAUUUGCUGCAUGAAGCCCAGCAGUGGGGUCUCAUUGUCUACGAACAAGACUGGCUCGACAGAACCUUCGAAGAAAUGGAGGCAAUGCAUACAGAUUUCAACUUGUCCACCGACUGGAUAACUCAGAUGCACGCGGCAGCCGAAGAACUCGGACUAAACAUACAGUAUUGCAUGGCAUUGACUCGUUAUGCUCUGGAAAGUGUUCGAUUUCCUCGUGUGACUCAAAUCAGAGUCAGCGAAGAUUACGCAGCUGCUCUGCUGAACUGGAAAAUCGGAGUGACGUCGAUGAUCGCUGAAGCUUUGGGCAAAUCUCCAUUCAAGGACACAUUCAGGACUGAUCAAGUGGCGGUAGAAAAGAUGUGUUCGGAACGCUCAACAGGGAUAACAGCGAAAGAAGCUUGUGUGAGGGCAUUCCGUCCGUUUUUGCAAUCAGCUAUAUCAAGUUUAUCAGCUGGUCCCGUUGGGCCCGGGGACAAAAUUGGCUCGGAAAACGCAAUAUUGCUUCUCAAAAGUUGUCGGUCUGACGGAAAACUGCUGAAACCCGAUCGUCCUGCAUCAGCAGUGAAUGCGCAAAUGUUGCGAGCAGCUUUCGGGGACCCAAAUUUGGGCCCAAAUGGAGAAGUCUGGUCAACUUCUACGACUUAUAAAGAAUCAGAUUUGGUUUUCGGUGCCAUUUUGGUCGCAGAUUUAAGGGAAGCAUUCGUCCUUCCGUUCGGACAACAAGGAGCAGAUGUUCUCGGUGUAUUGCAGCGCGAUUAUUUUGCUUUCAGAGUAACUGAAUCCCUAGAAACGACUGAUUUUCAGAUUCUGGCUGAAAGUGAUGGCAUCGCUUUAGAGCAAACUUCCAGCGCAAAUUUCUCGUACGUAUGGUACACAAGCCCGGUCAUCAACUUCCAAGAUGUUGAAACAGCAAUAAUUGUUCUUGGAGAAAUUUCGAAAUGGAUUCCGAUGUCAAAGCAACGAACCACAGGGAUUGACAUUCGCCCAGUUUCCGUCACUAUUCACCUCAUUGGGGCUGAAGGAGAAUCCAUUGAAUAUUAUUACGCUAAUGUCGGAUCUGACCUCGGAUUUUCUAUUCACUAUGUCACCUGUCAAUUUGGGGCUUCUGGAAGAGCCGUGUUGUCUUUGCCCGAAGCUAUUUGUGAAACAAACUGAAACUGGAGAAAAUAAAAUGCGUAUACCGCGGUCUAGAAGCAAUCCAAAUGCCCCGAAAA